AGCCGAUGGUGUCGCGUGCUGAGCAUUGGAACGAGUCGUCUGCCAUUCACUGAAGAAUGGUCUGCUAACCAACAACAAACAGAGACGUUGCUCGGUUUCUCAUUUUUACUGUUUGAGCCGUUCUUGUGUUAAAGAAUCAACGAAACCAGCCAAUUUUGAGAUGGGUUUGCGUCACGUGAGCUUUGUCGCGCGAACGGUUUUGGUGCGUGAUAACAACGUAGACGAAGCCUGCGGUGUGCUCAACAGAAUCAUGGGACGCGAAGGACUGUUCGAACAGUUCAGAAGGACAAGGUUUUACGAAAAACCAUUUCAAACGAGGCGUCGAGUUAACUUUGAAAAAUGCAAAGCUAUCUAUAACGAAGAUAUGGACCGAAAGAUUCGGUUUGUCAUGAGAAAAAACAGGGAGGAACCAUUCCCAGGAUGUUAUUAAAUAUUUGUAACGUUGUAUCUGAUUUGUCUAUCGAGUAUCCCAAUUUACCCAAUAUGUAGGAAGUAGUGUUUAAUAAAAAUGAAAAACACCAUCA